AUGCGGAGUACGUGGGAAAGAAUUUGGCGACAAGAGAGUCGAGUUAGGCUGGGUCCGGUUCUGCAGCCCCAGUAUUCCAGGUCCGGUACUGCCGCCUCAGUAUUCCAGGUCCGGUACUGCGGCCCUAGUACUCCAGGUCCGGUUCUGCGGCCUCAGUAUUCCAGUCCCAGUACUUCAUGUCCGGUUCUGCGGCUCCAGUAUUCCAGGUCCGGUACUGCGGCUCCAGUAUCCCGGGUCCGGUACUGCGGCCUCAGUAUUCCAGGUCCGGUGCUGCGGCCUCAGUAUUCCGGUCCCAGUAUUCCAAGUCCGGUACUGCAGCCUCAGUAUUCCAGUCCCAGUAUUCCUGGUCCGGUACUGCGGCCCCAGUAUUCCAGGUCCGGUGCUGCGGCCUCAGUAUUCCAGUCCCAGUAUUCCAGGUCCGGUACUGCAGCCUCAGUAUUCCAGGUCCGGUACUGCGAUCCCAGUAUUCCCGAUCCGGUACUACGGCCCCAGUAUUCCAUGUCCGGUACUGCAACCUCAGUAUUCCAGGUCCGGUACUGCGGUCCCAGUAUUCCCAAUCGGGUACUGCCGCCUCAGUAUUCCAGGUCCGGUACUGCGGUCCCAGUAUUCCCGAUCCGGUACUGCAGCCUCAGUAUUCCAGGUCCGGUACUGCGGUCUCAGUAUUCCAGGUCCGGUCCUGUGGCCCCAGUAUUCCAGAUCCGGUACUGCGGCCCUAGUAUUCCAAGAUUCCAGGUCCGGUACUGCCGUCUCAGUAUUCCAGGUCCGGUACUGACGCCUCAGUAUUCCAGGUCCGGUACUGCGGUCCCAGUAUUCCCGAUCCGGUACUGCAGCCUCAGUAUUCCAGGUCCGGUACUGCGGUCCCAGUAUUCCAGGUCCGGUCCUGCGGCCCCAGUAUUCAAGGUCCGGUACUGCGGCCCUAGUAUUCCAGGAUUCCAGGUUCUGUACUGCCGCCUCAGUAUUCCAGGUCCGGUACUGCGGCCCCAGUAUUCCCGAUCCGGUACUGCGGCCUCAGUAUUCCAGGUCCGGUACUGCGGCCUCAAUAUUCCAGGUCCGGUACUGCGGUUCCAGUAUUCCAGGUCCGGUCCUGCGGUCCCAGUAUUCCAGGUCCGGUCCUGCGGCCCCAGUAUUCAAGGUCCGGUACUGCGGCCCUAG